AUGUCGAAAACACAGUGGAAAGAUAUCCCCGUCGUGCCGACGUCGCAGGAAUUCCUCGACAUUGUGCUCUCCCGAACACAGAGGCGACUUCCCACACAGAUCCGCUCUGGCUUCAAGAUUAGCAGAAUCAGAGCCUUCUACACCCGCAAAGUCAAGUACACGUCCGAGACCUUCACCGAGCGUUUGACCGCCACCAUCAACGGUUUCCCGCGCCUCGCAGACAUUCACCCGUUCCACCGCGAUCUUUUGAACACUUUGUACGACGCCGACCACUUCAGAAUUGCGCUGGGACAGCUGAGUACGGCCAAGUCGCUUAUUGAGGCCGUCGCUCGUGACUAUGUCCGGCUCAUCAAAUAUGGCCAGAGUUUGUUUCAGUGCAAGAACCUCAAGCGCGCCGCCCUCGGUCGCAUGGCCACAAUCUGCAAGCGCCUCAAAGACCCGCUUGUGUACCUUGAGCAAGUGCGACAGCAUUUGGGCCGUCUACCCUCGAUCGACCCGAACACCCGCACGCUCGUCAUUUGCGGUUACCCCAAUGUCGGUAAAUCGUCUUUUCUGAAGGGUAUCUCUAGGGCCGAUGUUGACAUCCAGCCCUAUGCCUUCACAACCAAGAGUCUGUUCGUUGGACACUUCGACUACAAGAUGCUGCGGUUCCAGGCGAUCGAUACCCCCGGUAUUCUCGAUCAUCCGCUCGAAGAGAUGAACACCAUUGAGCACCAGUCUAUCUGCGCAAUUGCUCAUUUGCGUGCCGCUGUCCUCUACUUCAUGGAUUUGUCCGAGCAGUGCGGUUAUUCUGUCUCUGCCCAGGUCUCACUGUUCAACUCUAUCAAGCCCUUGUUCGCCAACAAGCUGGUGUUCGUGGUCAUUAACAAGAUCGAUGUUACUAGACCGGAAGACCUGGAUCCCGAGAGCCAGGAGCUGAUCCAGGGUAUGCUCAAGUCGGGUGAGGUCGAGUUGCUCCAGCUCUCCUGCACUACGACCGAGGGGUUGAUGAACGUCCGUAAUGAGGCCUGUGACCGCUUGUUGGCCUCGCGUAACGCCGAGAAGCUCAAGGCAGGCACCAACAGCUCGGGUGAGCCAACUGGCAGGCUUGGUGACCUUCUUCGCCGCAUUCACGUCGCUCAGCCAAUGGGUGGAGUCACCCGCGAGACAUCGAUCCCAGAUGCUGUCAAGAACAGGAAAAAGUAUGACUCUGCUGAUCCAGAGCGGAUCAGGCUGGAGCGCGACAUCGAAGAGGAGGAAGGCGGUGCUGGUGUCUACAACUUCAACAUGCGGAAAAACUACCUUCUCGAAAACCCAGAGUGGAAGGAAGACAGGAUACCCGAAGUCUACGAUGGUAAGAACGUCUACGACUUCAUUGACCCCGAAAUCGAGGCCAAGCUCGCAGCGUUGGAAGAAGAGGAGGAGAAGCUUGAAGCCGAGGGCUUCUACGAGUCUGACGAUGAUGUUGAAGAUGCCGAGGAGGCGGACAUUCGAUACAAGGCAGAGCUCAUCCGUGAGAAGAGACAGCUCAUCCGCAACGAGGCGAAGAUGCGGAAGAGUCUCAAGAACCGGGCUGUCAUACCUCGUUCUGCUAAAGCGGUCAAGAUGUCCAAGAUGGAAUCUCAUCUUGAAAGUCUUGGCUACGACACUUCCAAGGUUGCUGAGCGCGCUCGAAGCCAGAGUCGCGGCCGUAGCUUGGCUCGUGGACGCUCAGAAGGCGUUGACGGCGAUGCUAUGGAAGUUGAUACCCCCAAGGCUGCUCUUGAACGGGCCAAGAGCCGUGCUAGGAGCCAGAGCACCAACCGCAGGACAGAUGGUGUCACAGACGAGGCAUCUCGUACAAAGGCUGAGCGCCUGGCUAAGCUGUCCCAGAAGAAGAUGAACAGGAUGGCCAGACAAGGUGAAGCCGAUAGGCACCAGACUGGAUCGCUGGUCAAGCAUUUGGUUGUCGGCAAGCGUGGCAUGGGAAAGACAAACAGGCGGUAA